AUGUUUGAUAUAAUUACACGUCGUCGCAUAAUAUUCUUUCUUUUUGCGGUUUUUUUUGUUAUUUUAAGUCUUUUAUUUUUUGCUCGUAUAAUCCCAUCAUAUUCAAAAUUUACAUCAUUAGAAAUUAAUGAUAAACAACAAAUUAGUGAAUGUUAUUUAACUGAACCAAUUGAUAUUUUAACAUUAUGUCAAAAAUGUACAUCAUAUGAAGUUCGUUCUAAAGCAAAUGGUUGUUUACCGACUGGUUUUAAAGAAAUAGUACUCUGCUCAAAAUCCAAUAUAAAAACAGCUCGUUCAUGUCAAAUACCUAUUCAUGUUCAAAAAAAACAUUUUUGGUUGUUUGAAAUUUUUAUGUUUAUUCUUGGAUUAUUUGCUAUAGCUAAUGUACAUUUGAGACAAAAAGUUUUAGAUAAACAAAUGGUUGAAAAAAUAAAAAGACAAAUUGGUGAAAAUGAUGAAUGA